AUGGAUCGCGUCCCGCACAAUCUUCGGGGUUUGUUUAGUUUCUGCAUGAGAGCCGGCUCUGACUUUGAGUCAAAUGCCCAACCGAUGGAUCCUGAGACGGCGAGAUGGCUACGUGAAGCAUUGGAAAACAUGACAGUAGACCUCGUUGACGAGAUGCGUAAAAGCAUCGCCGUUAUUAUCGAGAACCUUAAUCAAACCGAUGAAGGGGCCAGGGCCAAGAUCACCCAGUCACUCGAAAAUCUGAUAGACUUAACUGAAGAUAUAAACCUGGCUGAUAUCUUUCUGAAAAUUGGCGGCCUUGAGCUUCUUGCUACCCUUUUCGAGCAACCACCGAGUCCUCUCUACUGCCAGACCGGAAACCUCUUGGCGAACAUCGUCCAAAACAAUGAGGCGGCCCAGAAGAUUGCGAAGAAGAUAAAGAAAACCUCAGAGGCAUAUUUUCGGGCAUCUCAGGUACGUUUGUUGCUGAUCGUCAUUUAG